AUGUCAGCCGAACCAAACACUCGUUUGUUUCUCAAACACUUGAAUUUUGACACUACUAGAGAAGAUCUCGAACAGACCUUUGGUCCAAUUGGUCCUUUGGCCGAUGUGAGAGUAAUGGGUGGCGUUGGCUUUGUCGAAUAUCAAAGUGUUGAUGAUGCCACUAAGGCUCUUGAACAGUUGAAUGGUGUUACCAUCAAGGACUUUGAAGUUUUCGUCGAAUACCACAACCCUGCUGAUGGGCGUCUUCCAAGAGGUACUUACAGAUUCAAGAUUAAGAACAUGCCAGAAGGUAGUCAAUGGCAAGAAUUGAAGGAUUUGGCCAGAGAAAAUGAGAUCAACGCCAUGUAUACUAAUGUCGAACCGGAGAUUGGUGGUAUUGUCGAAGUUGGUUCUAAAGCCGAAUUAGAAGAAGCCAUCCAAAAGCUUAACGGCCAUGACUACAAUGGAACCGCUCUUGAAGUUGAAGAAGAGACUGCUCCAUUUGUUCCAAGAAGAGGCGGUUUCAGAGGUGGCUUCAGAGGUGGUAGAGGUGAUUUCGGUGGCAGAGGUGGUUACGGUGGUAGAGGUGGCUAUGGUGGUGGUUACGGUGGUAGAGGCGGUUACGGUGGCGGUUAUGGUGGCAGAGGUGAUUAUGGUGGCAGAGGCGGCUACAGAGGUGGUAGAGGUGGCUAUGGUGGAAGAGGUGAUUAUGGUGGCAGAGGUGGUUACAGAGGUGGUAGAGGUGAUUACGGUGGUAGAGGUGGUUACAGAGGAGACUUUGGCGGUAGAGGUGGCAGAGGCGGUUACAGAGGCGGCAGAGGUGAUUACGGUGGUAGAGGUGGUUACGAUAACAGCUACAGAUCUUCCAGAGAUGACCGUGACUUUGGUGGCGAACGUGGUCAUUCACCAAGACAUGAGGGUUCCGCUCCUGAAGAACCAAGAGCCCCAGAGCAAAACUGGUGA